AGCCAUGAUAGAAAUCAUAGACCGCUAUUGCCGGGAGGAACUGGUGUAAAUAGGUUGUUGUUUUCUUUCCAGUCUUCACACCUCACAGUGUUUCACUCAAACCCUUUCCGCUCCAUGGUAUAAUGAUCUCCAGACGUACUCCACAGUAGAGGUUGUCAACCUGUAGGUAACCUGUUUACAAUAGCAAUAAGGCACCUUCACGGGUUUGUGGUAUGUGGCCAAGGGCUGUGUUCAGGCACCCCGCGCUGCGUAGUGCUUAUGGACAGUCCAUAGCCGUGGUAUAUUGGCCAUAUACCACACCCACUCGUUUCUUAUUGCUUAAUUAUACCAUUAAGGUUUUAGUACGUUUUUUUACAGCAGAAGGAACCAGCGCUGAAAGGUCUCCGUGUUCAUGUUACUAUAAGGAGCUCCGAGAGGUUUUGGACAACACAUGGUUUCAUUUUACCGCUUCAUGACCGCCUGGGUUCGCCUAUACUGUAUCUGUCAUAGCCAGGCUAUGGUUAGUGUGUUCCGUCGAAGACGCGCAUCGGGAGACCAAGCCUCCUUUCACUUGUUGUAGUCGGCUUUUCUCACAAGUGGAUAAACGCAUAACCAUUUCCCCCAAACGAUGCGUAAAAGUAGCAUAAACCCAACACAUCUGGAACUUGACACAGCAGUGUUACUGGACUGAGUGUGAUACAUAGACCACAUUGUAUACCAUGCGAGGCUCUGGACAAAAUCACCACUUUCUCCGGAGAUAGCAACGCUGUUAUUUCUUAAACUCCUGGAACGUCUGGACGAGGACGCCGCGGCCGUGUGAGAGAGAGAGAACCAUGCUGCUGCCGGGCAACGAAACGGGCUACGCCUGGACCGAGUUAUUAAACACCGGCAACCUGACGGCGUGUGCCGGUGAAGAAGACCACGGUGGCCCGGAGGCGGUGAUUGUUCCGGUGAUUUUUGGAUGUAUAUUUCUCCUGGGUGUCGUCGGGAACUCUCUAGUGAUGAUUGUAAUAGGGAAAAUCAAGGCCCGGCGCAACAGAAGUACGACAAACAUUUUCAUCCUCAAUUUAAGUAUAGCGGAUCUAUUGUUUUUGCUAUUUUGUGUCCCGUUCCAGGCUACUAUAUACUCCCUACCUGAGUGGAUAUUUGGAGCCUUUUUAUGUAAAUGUGUUCACUAUUUAGUGAUGGUGUGUAUGCUGGUGAGCAUCUUCACGCUGGUUGCCAUGUCAGUGGACAGGUACAUAGCUGUUGUACACUCCAAAAAGUCCCCCUGCAUUCGCAACAGGAGGAAUGCCCUCACAGGGGUCUGUGUGAUUUGGGCACUAUCGUUCAUAUUCUCUAUACCAGUGGCGCAACACCAGAUACUUACUGACCACCCGGAAGCGCCGAACAGUUCGUUCUGCUGGGAAGCGUGGUACGCAAGCGCUUCCAAACACACCUACAAAGUCACUAUUUUAGUCAUUGGUUAUCUGUUGCCGUUGGGGUUGAUCAUAUGCUGCUAUGCGAAGGUGUUAUUCCAUCUCCACAAGAAGAUGAAGAAUAUGUCCAAGAAAUCAGAACGCUCAAAAAGAAAGACAGCCCAGACGGUCCUCCUGGUGGUCGCAGCCUUCCUGACCUGUUGGAUGCCUCAUCACAUCAUCGCCAUGUGGGUGGAGUUUGGAGUGUUCCCGCUCAACGACGCCUCCUUCGCGUUACGGAUCAUCUCCCACUGCCUGGCGUACGGGAACUCCUGCAUCAACCCCAUCCUGUACGCCUUUCUGUCAGAGAACUUCCGGAAGGCCUGUCGCCAGGUGUUCACCUGUCGAUUCCUCUACCCUCCACCCCCACAGGAGAAGGUGGUGCGCAUCCGAAUGGAAAACUUCUCAACUACACACUCUAUUACCACUAAUAUCUGACACCACACAUUCUAUUACCACUAAUAUCUGACACCACGCACUCUAUUACCACUAAAUCUGACACCACACACUCUAUUAUCACUAAUAUCUGACACCACACACUCUAUUACCACUAAUAUCUGACACCACACAUUCUAUUAUCACUAACAUCUGACACCACACAUUCUAUUACCACUAAUAUCUGACACCACACACUCUAUUACCACUCAUAUCUGACACCCCACACUCUAUUACCACUAAAUCUGACACCACACGCUCUAUUACCACUAAUAUCUGACACCACACAUUCUAUUAUCACUAAUAUCUGACACCACACAUUCUAUUACCACUAACAUCUGACACCACACACUCUAUUACCACUAAAUCUGACACCACACACUCUAUGACCACUAAUAUCUGACACCACACACUCUAUUACCACUAAUAUCUGACACCACACAUUCUAUUAUCACUAAUAUCUGACACCACACAUUCUAUUACCACUAAUAUCUGACACCACACAUUCUAUUACCACUAAUAUCUGACACCACACAUUCUAUUACUACUAAUAUCUGACACCACACACUCUAUUACCACUAACAUCUGACACCACACACUCUAUUACCGCUAUUAUCUUACACCACACCACACAUUCUAUUACCACUAAUAUCUGACACCACACACUAUAUUACCACUAAUUCUGACACCACACACUCUAUUACCACUAAUAUCUUACACCACACCACACAUUCUAUUACCACUAAUAUCUGAGACCACACAUUAUAUUACCACUAACAUCUGACACCACACCGCAAAACUGGGACAAGACUGAGACUGGGACAAGACUGGGGCUGGACCAAGACUGGGACAAGACUGGGACUGGGACAAGACUGGGACUGGGACAAGACUGG